AUGGUAGACACCCUCCUCAUGGCACCAUCACGGCCCUUGUCACCCGCUGCUUCGGACGACACCUCCGUUUCAUCAGCCGUCCACUCCUCACCCAGCGUCAUCGUCGGCAUAUGCGCAAUGGACGUAAAAGCACGCAGCAAGGCGAUGCGCGAAAUUCUCACUCGUUUAGUGCAUAGGGGUCAGGGCGCAAUAGACAUCAAGAUAUUUGGUGAUAAGGCCAUUUUAGACGAGGAGGUCGAGAACUGGCCUCGUUGCGACAUCCUCAUCUCCUUCUUUUCCACAGACUUUCCCCUACCCAAAGCUGUCAAGUACUCACAUCUUCGUAAUCCUGUUCUCAUCAACGACCUUGAGUCACAGGAGCUCCUUUGGGACCGUCGCCUCGUCCUCGCCAUUCUCGACCACAACAAGGUACCUACCCCAAAUCGCCUAGUCGCAACCCGCGACAAAGGACCAAAGGUCUCGGCAAGUCUACGAGCCAAGGUGCUUGACAAGCUUGGUUUGGAUCUUGGUAAGCUCUGCGACGCCCCACCACCUCGGUCCGAAGUCCGGUUACGGGAGGAUGGCAACGCCAUCAUUGUCGACGGACAAGUAAUGGAGAAACCAUACGUCGAGAAGCCGGUCAGUGGGGAGGACCACAAUGUGUAUAUUUAUUAUCGAGAUGGUGGCGGGCGACGCUUGUUCCGAAAGGUCGGAAAUAAAUCCUCCGAAUUUGACCCUGCUAUGAUCCAACCUCGAACGGACGGAUCUUAUAUCUACGAGGAAUUUCUGGCCACCCAGAACGCAGAAGAUAUCAAAGUCUACACGGUUGGACACGAUUUCACCCAUGCCGAGACACGAAAGUCUCCCACUGUCGAUGGCGUUGUGCGCCGUAAUACGGACGGCAAGGAAAUUCGUUUUGUAACCACUCUCACGGAAGAGGAGCGCGAAUCAGCGCGGAAAAUCUGCAAUGCCUUUGGACAGAGGGUAUGCGGUUUUGAUGUCUUGCGCUGCGAUGGUCCAGACGGACAGCAACGUAGCUUGGUUAUCGAUGUCAACGGUUGGAGCUUUGUCAAGGGGAACGAUGCGUAUUAUGAUAGAGCUGCCGAGAUUCUCGCCGACCUAUGCCAGCGUGUAUCACAUUCUACAAAACGGCAACUUGUCAGUCUGGAAGAUCCUGAUUCCAUGUCUUCUUCCUGGGUUCUAAAGGCGAACGUCACUGUGUUCCGGCACGCGGAUAGAACUCCAAAGCAGAAGCUGAAGUUCAGCUUCCCAGUCGCCGCAGCGUGGACAAAGCCGUUUCAGGCGUUACUUUCCCCCGAUGCUCCUUAUGAGGAAAUAAUUCUUCGGUCUCCCGAGCAACUGCAGCUCAUCAGCACGGCAAUCAACGCGUCAAAGAAGAUCAAGCCUCCGCCAACUGAUGAGGAAAUGGCAAAGCUUGCAGCGCUGGAAAAGGCGUUGUACAGUAAGAUUGAUAUGCCUGGAACUAAGGCGCAAUUGAAACCUGCCCUGGAGAAGGGAAAGGGAGGCAAGGGUAAGCUCGAGAAGCUCCAACUUGUCUUCAAAUGGGGCGGCGAAUUUACCCAUGCGGCUCGAUACCAAAGCAGAGAUUUGGGCGAACAGUUGAAGAAGGACAUCUCCAUUAUGAACAAGGAGUUGCUCAAUAACGUCACAAUAUACACAUCUUCCGAGCGGCGUGUUGUAGCAUCCGCCGAUAUAUUUGCUGCUGCCUUGUUCGAAGGCACAUUUUUCACGAGUCAAGGCGCCGACGAACCCUUGCGCGCACAUGCGAGUUCGACCGCCUACCCUACACCAGUUUCAUCCUACACCUCUAAUUUCCUUGCGAACCAUAUGAAUGGAAGCCCGCGACUCAGUGGUUCGGCACGUCUGACCAACUCGCCUUCUACCGGCUCUUUGCGUGCUUCAUCAACUCCUCCCCCCAUGAAGCGUCAGAACUCGCAGGCAGUCGAUUAUCAACAUGCACUCAUAGUGCGGAAAGAUCUUUUGGACGACUCCAAUGCGGCGAAGGAGUUGACAGACGAUGUCAAGAAACGACUGAAGAUCCUGCUUCGUCCUGGAGAAUCUGAAAAGAGGCCAGAGUUGACUUGGCCAAAAGGACUAAAGAAAGAGCCUGUUGAAGUUGUCAGCGAAGUGAUCGAUCUCUUGACGUCCUUUCGGGAAAUUAUGCAUAAAAAUUUUGCCACAACGGACGUAGACAAGAUUCAGCAGAGAUGGUGUUGCGGAGAGGAACCAUUUCUUUUCCAUGAGCGCUGGGAGAAGCUUUUCGAGGACUUCUGCGAUGUUAAAAAGGAGAAGUUCGAUCCGUCGAGAGUGAGCGAGUUAUACGAUACAAUCAAGUACUGUGCGCUGCACCAUCGACCUUUCCUGUUUGCGAUAUUCGACUCGCAAGCAGGCCAAGGUCCUCCCAAUAAAAUUCCCGACAGGCGCUUGCAUGAGCUAUACGCUAGGUCAAAGGCCCUAUUCGACCUGGUGGCACCCCAAGAAUAUGGAAUUGAACCAUGGGAAAAGGAGGAGAUUGGUAUCUUGACCUCACUGCCAUUGCUCAAGAAGGUUGUGGAAGACCUCCAGAUCUCUCGAAAUACAGGCAAACCUCUAUUGUCAGUCUUUUUCACGAAGGAAAGCCACAUUCAUACGCUUGCCAACUUGAUACUAUUAUCGGGACUCCCUAUGGCACAACCUCGCAUACCCGAACUGGAUUAUGCAUCACACAUAACGUUUGAGUUGUACGAGCGCAAUGGUGGCCGUGGCAGGACAGACAUGGAGUAUUCCAUCCGUCUGUCGUUGAGCGAGGGCGCACAUUCUUCAAAUGUAUUGGAUUCGGCUUUGGAUGCUCGCCAUGCAUUAAAUGUGCAACCAAAGAAGAAAUUAACUCCUCAUCUCGACUACAGCUUAGUGAUCCAGAAACUUUCCAAGCACUUCUAUCGAACCGUUCCGGUGCCCGGGAUGGAGCCGCUCCCUGGUAAUCCUAGCCUUUCUCUUGGUGCGGUCUCUCACGUCUCCACUGACGAGGACGACCGGGAUUAGAGGUACAUCAGCAAGCUUGGCUCCCUGUAAACUAAUCAAGGAUGGAAGGAUGGAAGAACAUUGUUGUACCAUUACUCGAGUCGUGAUCCCGUUUGGC